UUCAUCCGUACUGAUAUGAUAUGAUGUGUUUUCUUAUGAACAUUUCUGUUCAUCAUUGCCAUUAAUCAAAAAAAGAAUAAGAAAGUCUGGCUAUAUAGUAAAACUCACGCGGUAUAUGUCUUUUGUUAUUCAUCCGUUUCUUUGAUUUGAUUUCUUCUCAUGGCAGUGCCAGAAUAUUCCUCUUCAUCUUCCUUCAGUUAUGGAUUCACCUAUGAUGUGUUCCUCAGCUUUAGAGGAUUAGACACUCGCUAUGGUUUUACCGGAAAUCUCUACAAAGCACUUCUUGACCAAGGAAUCCACACAUUCAUUGACGAUGAAGAGCUACAAAGAGGACAUGAAAUCACACCAUCACUUUUAGAGGCAAUUGAAGAGUCAAGAAUUGCCAUAAUUGUACUUUCUAAAAACUAUGCAUCUUCAUCAUUUUGCUUACAAGAACUUGUCAAGAUCCUUGACUGCAUUAAGGGGAAAGGUAGAUUGGUUUGUCCAAUCUUUUAUGAUGUGGAUCCUUCUGAUGUGAGGAAGCAGACAGGAUCUUACGGUGAAGCUUUAGCUAUGCAUGCAGAGAGAUUCAUUGAUAUCUUGCCAAAAUGGAAGAUAGCUUUGCGACAAGUAGCUAACUUGUCUGGCUGGCAUUUCAAAAUUGGGGAUGGAUAUGAAUAUGAGUUUAUUGGAAAGAUUGUUGAACAUGUUUCCAAGAAAAUCAACCGUGUGGCUUUACCCGUGGCUGACUACCCGGUUGGACUUGAGCCUCGAAUGCUAGAAAUAAAUUCACUUCUUGAUGCUGGGUCUGAUGAUGAGGUCAAAAUGAUCGGCAUCCAUGGAAUUGGAGGAAUAGGGAAAACUACACUUUCUAUUGCGGUUUAUAACAUGAUUGCCGACCAAUUUGAAGCUUUGUGUUUUCUUGAAAAUGUGAGAGAAAAUUCAAACAAACACGGGUUACAACAUCUGCAAAAGAUUCUUCUUUAUGAAACACUUGGAGAGAAGAAAAUUAAGUUAUCAAGUGUCAAACAAGGAAUUUCAAUAAUAAAACAUAGACUCCAGCAGAAAAAAGUUCUUUUGAUUUUAGAUGAUGUUGACAAAAUAGAACAACUGGAGGCCUUGGUUGGAGGGUCUGAUUGGCUUGGUUCCGGAAGCAGAGUUAUUAUUACAAGUCGAGACAAACAUUUGUUGGAAAGUCACGGGGUUAAUAGAACAUAUGAAUUAAAUGUGUUAGAUGAGAAAGAGGCUCUUCAAUUGCUUACUUGGAAAGCUUUUAAAGCAGAGAAAUUUCAUCCUAGAUACUUGGAUGUCAUGAAACGCGUAGUAGCCUAUGCUUCGGGACUUCCAUUGGCUUUAACAGUAAUGGGUUCCAAUUUAUUUGGAAAGAAUAUACAAGAAUGGGAAUCUGCAUUACAUCGAUAUGAAAUCAUUCCUAAUAAAGAGAUCCAAAAUAUACUCAAAGUAAGUUUUGAUGCUUUGGAGGAAGAUGAACAAAGUGUUUUUCUUGACAUAGCUUGUUUCUAUACAGGAACAAAACAUACAUUGACAAGUGUAGAAAAGAUGCUUCAUGUUCAUUAUGAUGCUUGCAUGAAAUAUCAUAUUGGAGUAUUGGUUGAAAAAUCUCUCAUAAAGAUUAAUUGGUUUGGUGGAUUCAGUGUGCAUGACUUGAUAGAAGACAUGGCUAAAGAAAUUGUUCGAUUGGAAUCACCAGACGACCCUGGAAAACGUAGUCGUUUAUGGUUUCAUGAAGAUAUAAUUCAAGUUUUAGAAGACAAUACAGGAACUAGUGCGAUUAAAACCAUAUAUCUGAUGUGUAAAAACUAUGAGGUAGAAUUGGAUGAAUCAGCCUUCAAGAAGAUGAAAAAUCUCAAAACUCUCGUUAUCAAAGAUGGCCAUUUUUCCAAAGGACCCAAGUAUCUUCCAAAUAGUUUAAGAGUAGUCGAAUGGGAAGGAUAUCCUUCAGAAUAUUUACCACAUGAUUUUCAUCCAAAGAAACUUGCCAUAUUGAACUUACCAAAAAGUUGCAUAACAUCACUAAAGUUGGCUGACUCAUUGAAAAAGUUCUUGAAUAUUAAGAUUUUGAAUUUUGAUGAGGCAGCUUGUUUGACUGAAAUACCUGAUGUGUCUUCUCUCUUAAAUUUAGAAGAAAUUUCAUUUAAAAAUUGUAAGAGUUUAAUUACAAUUCACGAAUCUGUCGGGUUAUUCGAUAAACUUAAAGUCUUGAGUGCCAGAGGCUGUAGUAAGCUUAGAAGAUUUCCACCUAUCAAAUUGAUGUCCCUUGAGCAACUUGAUCUUUCAUUUUGCCUGAACCUCGAGAACUUUCCGCAAAUACUGGGGAAGAUGGAAAAUUUAACGGAACUUGUGCUGGAAGAAACUCCAAUAAAAGAAUUGCCAUGUUCAUUCCAAAAUCUUACUCAUCUUCAAACAUUACAACUACGUUAUUGUGGAACGUUUAGUUUGCCAAGUAACUUUUUCAUGAUGCCAAAUUUGGUUGAGAUUAUUGCUUGGAAAUUAGAAGGGUGGAUAUUGCCAAAGCAAUCUAAGAGUGAACAAAGAAUUUUUUCAACGCUGUCUUCGAAUGUAGAAUGUCUUCGUCUCCCAUUAUGCAAACUAUCAAAUGACUUUUUUCAAACAGGUCUCAUAUGGUUUAGAAAUGUGAAAGAGUUAGACUUAUCGGGUAAUAAUUUCACAAUUCUUCUCGAAGGAAUUAAAGAAUGUCAUUUGUUAAGGAAUCUUUGUUUGGAUUAUUGUCAGUAUCUUCGAGAAGUUAGAGGAAUACCGCCAAACUUGGAAAUAUUUUCUGCACGAUUGUGUAAAUCUUUGACCUCUACAGAAAUGUUACUGAAUCAGGAAUUGCAUGAAGCUGGAAGUACCAUGUUUAAGUUGCCGGGAUCUAGAAUUCCAGAUUGGUUCGAGCACUGUAGUAGCGGAGGGUCAAUUUCUUUUUGGUUUCGUAACAAGUUUCCUGCUAUAGCUCUUUGUCUUGUUCCCGAUUCGAUGUUUGUCACAUCUUCAAUUUAUCCUACCGUGAUCAUCAAUGGCAAUAAAUGUGACCUUGACUCUAGGGACACAGAUGAAUACGGUGAACCUAGUUUGUUGAUUGAACCAGAUCAUACAUAUAUUUUUGAUCUUCAAAAGAUGAAGUUUGAAGAUAAUUUAGAUGAAGCACUUUUAAACAACGAAUGGAACCACGUAGAGAUUAUGUAUACGGAUGCAAACAAUCACUCAAUGCUUAUAGAAAGUGGAAUCCAUGUAUUAAAACAGAAGAGUAGAAUAGAGGAUAUUCGAUUCACCAACCCGUGAAGAAAGAUCAUAUUAGAUGAUGAUCUCAAAAAUCUCCAAGGCCAUUGUGGAUGCAGAAUGCACUCAACAACUGCG